AUGUCGACUCUCUCUGCCACCGUCGUUGUUACACGUAUGUUGUAUUUUCCCUCCGCCGUGAAACAAAACCCCCUGAAACGCAAACGCGAGGAUGAUGAGAUCACUCAAAACAAAACCGUGCUUGUGACUAUGCAUAAAGAAGACGACAAGCAUGAACACACCGAGAUCACUCCUCCAUCUUGGGAAGCCCUAGACCUUGUUAGUUCUUACAUGGAACCUGAGACUCUCGCCAUCGCUUCUUGCGUCUCAACCACAUGGUUAAAGUGUUUCUCCUCGGAGAAUCUAUGGAGGUCUCUCUUAAUCUCACGGUCCUCACAAGCCUCUUCUCCCUACAAGCUCGCCUUGGAUACCACGGAAGCCAUAACCUCGUACAAACAAGUUGUCACCGCCGUUGAAAGGGACGCGAAACGCCGCCGCAAGGAUCAACUGCCGAAGCUCAAGCUAUCACUCUCUGAUCUCAGCUUCAUCGUCCACGUGUCCGCUGGGACAAAGAAAGCGUCGAUUCUCAAAAAGGGGAAAGAACUCGUGUUCGGCUGUAACGAUAAGUUCCACAUCGAAGCCGACGUAAGCAACUCCGGGAUCACCGUCGGAGAGAAGGACGUGAGGAUGACGUGGCAGGUCGUGUACAGAAACUGGGAAAAGUUCUUCACGAUGGCGGAUACUACAAGAUCGUUGGACGACACAGCACACACACGUUACGGGUGGUUCACUGAAAAACUCGAGGACAAAGACAACCGCAAGCUAGUAGGCGACGUCAAGCCGAGAUUUAACGGCGAGUUUCUCGACAAUAUUGGAUUUUCGAUGGUGGACUCUGACGGAUGGAGCUCUCUGUUGGUUGACGAGUUUUUGAGAUAUCUUCAGCGGUUUUUGUUGGAGUAA